CAAUGGCACCUGCAGCCGCCACAACAACAAUGCCACCAAAAAAUCGAGAUAUACAAUUGGGUCCAUGUCUUUGGGCCAUAGACCGAAAAUGUCCUGAUAAAGAUAUAACAUUCUAUUUGUAUACACGUAAAAAUCCCGCCGAUCGUCAAUACAUACAAGUAGAUGGAACUCUACAGGAUUCAAAUCUUACUGAAUCGUUUUUCGACAAGAAUCAUCCGAGUAAAAUUCUAAUACAUGGUUACAAUGCUGAUAUGUUUUUGCAUCCAUUGUAUAUGAUGAAAAAUGAAUAUCUAGCAAAAGGAGACUACAAUGUAUUCUUUGUUGAUUGGAGUAAAUUGGCCAUUGGUCCUUGUUAUACCAGCGCUGUUCAUAACCUUCGACAUUCCGGAGCGUGCGUGGCCCAGCUAGUGCAACGUAUUGUGGACACUGGCACUACGGAUAUUCACGUUAUAGGUUUCUCCCUGGGUGGUCAGUUGGGAAAUUACAUUGCCAAUAAAUUGGAUUCGUUUCUUUUGCCACGUAUUACAGCUUUGGAUCCUGCAAUGCCAUUAUUUGUUACUUCCUCCAAACAAGAUAAAUUAGAUCCCUCCGAUGCUGAAUUUGUAGAUGUUAUACAUACAAAUGCUUUGGUUCAAGGCAAAAUGGAACGUUGUGGUCAUGCUGAUUUUUAUAUUAAUGGAGGCAUAGUACAGCCGGGAUGCAAUGCAGAUAAUCCUAUAAAUCCCUUUGCCUGCAGCCAUCACAGAUCCAUCGAUUAUUAUCUCGAAUCUAUACGCAGCACCAAAGGUUUCUGGGGCUGGGCUUGUAGUUCCUAUAUGGCCUAUUUGCUGGGAAUGUGUCCUCCCACAAACUAUCUCCUUGAAGCUGGAGAAAAUACCAAAAAGACUACAAAGGGCAUGUUCUUUGUAACCACAAACGAAAAGUCUCCCUAUGCUCAAGGAAAAUGGACCGAUUUACCCACGUUAGGUGUUAAGAAGCCAAUUGCAUCGCAGUCACCACCUUCCAUUACCAUAAUGCAACCACCACAAAGAGGCGAUCCUUUACUGAAAAAUAUUGACCCAUGGGGAAAAUUGGAUUACAAUUUCAAUAAUUUUCAUGAGCACGAAAUAGGCUCCCUAUAUUAUGAUCAUGAUCCAUAUCUGCACAAUUGGACAUAUUUCAAUGAUGGCGAAUCAACAGAAAAUACAAAUGAUUUGAAUGACAACUCUGUGGAAGAACAAGAUAUGAAUGAAUAUUCAUAUGUGAAGGUGGAAAAUGAUUCGGAAGAAAUUAAUCAAGCAGAUUUUCCAUGGCAAGAGUAUAAACGAAAUGCAUCGGAAGGCUUUAUAGAGAGCAGUCUAUUUGGUUUACCCACUUUGGAUAGGGGUUAAGUUAAAAUGGUGGAACAUCUAAAUAUGCUAAAUAAAUAUGGAAAAAUUUA